AUGGACGCUGUUAAACAACAGAUAACAACAGACAACUUAGCAUCAAGUGAGGAAAAGACUUAUCGUACAACAAACGAUGAUAUCCGACAUCGACAUGUUCAUCAGACUGCACAAGUUGUAACAACAACCAAUCACGCAGAUCGUAGUGGAGAACCAGUUAUGGAAAUUCAAAAUAAUCCAUCAUCAGUUACUACAAAGAUUUCUACCAGAUUUCAUCGUAAAACUAAAUCAUCAACUACGCCAUAUCAUGAGAGACAACAAUUGCAGUUAUGUGGUUUGCACUCAUUAAAUAAUUUAUUUCAAGCGAAGGAUUUUUCAAAACACUCUUUAGACGCAAUCGUAAAAGAAUAUGAUAAAUCAUGCUAUUUCUAUCAUCCGUGUUUUCUGUUUCAGUAUUCAAGUUUCCUUGGAAACUAUGAUUUACAAAUUAUUUUAGAGGCGUUAAAACGUCGUGAUUAUACUGUGCGUGCUAUUGAUAUUAAUGAAUCGUUUGAUAUAUUUGAUUUUGAUAGAAGUUUUGGUUUACUAUUGAAUAUUCCUAUUGAACGUUCGAUUGUUAGUCGUUUACCAUUUUUACGUUCAUUAGCAGUUGGACGACAUUGGUUAACAAUUAAAAAUAUUGACGGUACUUAUUAUAAUUUAGAUUCAAAAUUAAAUCAACCAGUUUUGCUUGGUGAUAAAGAACAUUUAAUAGAUUAUUUGAAUAAACUUGAUCGAUCAAAAUCGUACAUCUAUAUUGUUAUACAUCAGAGCUUAGCUGCUGACUUUGCACAAAAGUAA